CAGAGAAGCGAUUAAGACUGGACCACUAGGUAAAAAUCCAGGAGUUUGGAGGUCCCCAAUUGGCCUUUUGUUUCCACCAUCUGAGAAAUAAAAAUACCGAAUUCAAAUAUAGCUGAAUUCUGGAAUUCAUUCAAAUACUUUGAAAAGUUAAAGGAAAGCGAGAACUAAGACUGUAGAAAUUGGAUGGAAGACGAAUCAGGGGGGCACAGAAGACCCACCUGAGUUCCUUCAAUGCUGGCAAUCCCAUUCUCUGGAAAGUCUCUAAAACUUUCCUCCAUUUAUACCUACAGAGUGGUGAGUUGUCAAGAAUUCAAACACCAUCAAAAUAUCAUUUGCCAAGACCCACCCCUUCUGCUGUAGUUAGAGAAAUUGCUGUGGAUACCCCAGUUUCAUUCAAGCAAACUCCUUUUAUCUUGCUUAGUUCCUCAAAAAAAAAAAAAAAAAAAGACCACCAAGUUCGUACUGUACCAAAGAAAGAGCCACCUGGCCAAUGUGGUGCCAAGCACAGAGAAGGCCGAGGAGAAUCAAGUGUCUUGCUAUCAGUUUGGAGCUUUGCAGGGUGGAGGUUGAAAGUCCACCAGUGCAAGGUGCAACUGUAAUUGGCCUCUGAAAGUCAGCGGCAUUUCUGAACUUCAGGGAGGCCAUGGAUAUCCUGGAGUUAGAUGCCCACUACAAAAGGAAAGUUGCUGGCAAUAGGAGAAGUAUGCUGCUUAGGCUCCUGCCAUUUUUUGUCUCCAGCACCGUCUAUUUCGUUCUUUUGCUUCCUGGGUCCAGCUUGCAGAGCACUAUCAUAAAAUGCCUCCCCACAUUCUCCCUGGCGUUCUUUGUGGCCAGUCAGUCCAAAAAUGGAGGUGUCUUCAAACCAUAUUCCCGGUGGAUUUUCCAUGGUCUCUUGUUUGCAUGUGUGGGAGAUGCCUGUUUGGUAUGGCCAGAAUUCUUCCUUCCAGGAAUGGGUGCCUUUGCCAUCUGCCACAUCUGCUACAUCGCAGCCUUUGGCCUGGCUCCUCUUCAACCUCUCACCUUACUGGUCAUCGAGGGACUCAUGGCUGUGGGUUACGUGGUGAUCCUGCUGCCCUGUUUGUCAGGUUUCUACACAUGGGCAGUGCUGUUUUAUUCAGGCCUCCUCGGCGUCAUGACCUGGCGCGCACUGUUUUGCUCCAAAAGGCUGGCUUCAGCGGGUAGCUUGAUCUUCAUUGUGUCUGAUCUGCUGGUUGGUUAUGAGAAAUUCUGCACCUCCCACCCUCUUAUCCACAUCCUGUACAUGAGCACUUACUACCUUGCCCAAGCCUUGAUUGCCAUCUCAGUAGAGUCUCCAAAAUUUUCCCUAAAGGAGAACUGAGUCUUGAAUUGGAUUUCUGGAUUGUUCUUCAGCAUCAAAAAAUCCCCAGGCCUUCUGCCUCUCAAAUUCACACUUCUCAAGUUCAACUAACUUCUGGAUGUGUUGGAACUACAACUCCUGGGAUUCCCAGCUAGUGUGGGCCAACAGCUGUGAGUAAUCAGCAGCAGCUAUAUCCAUAACCCUCAGCCAGUGUGGACUCUGUGGAUUCUCAGAAUUGUAGGCCUAUAUCAGUGGUGGUGAACUUAUGGCACACGUACCAGAGGGGGGCACUUGGAGCCCUCUCUGUGGGCACGCAUGCUAAGUUGGCUAAGUUUUCACAGGAAAAAGCCUUUUCUUAAGCUCCUUCCUAGCCAAAAUAAGCCUCUGGAAUGAGUGUACUGUUUUAAGCUUUGAAUUAUAUCAAAUCUGACACCAGAAACAGACUAACAGGUGACUUGAGUGCUGCAUGUGUUGCUCUCAAACUUAUGAAGUAUAAGCCAAGGUUAGACAAAUUAUCAGCAGGCAUACA